AUGACCAAGAAUCCCCCCACCCUACGCCAGAAGCAAUCCGAGUCACAGCCCAGCCACAGCAUGCAACCUCCCGCCGCGCCCGCUGCCAGCACCUGGGAGGCCACCGAGCAGCGUGUCUGGCCCAUCAACGGCAACUUCCUCGAGCCCGCGCAAGGCGACACGCUGUUCAGCUCGUCCAUGUUCUCCCGCAACGUCGCUGCCGCUGCGCCAGCGGUGCCGCCCAAGGUGCCUGAGACUCCUCGUCCCGCCGCCGCUGCUCCUCAGCGACAGACCUCGAGCGCUCGCCGCAGCCUGAAGCCCGAAGACUACACCAAGCCCUUCUGCGACUUCCUGACGGACAACCCGACCGUCUUCCACGCGGUGGUGGCUGUGGCGCAGGACCUCGAGGCGCAGGGGUACAAGAAGCUGUCGGAGCGGGACGUGUGGAAGCUUGAUGCCGGCGGCAAGUACUUCGUCGAGCGCAAUGGCUCGUCGCUGAUCGCCUUCGCGGUCGGCGAGGCCUAUGAGCCCGGCAACGGCGCCGCCAUCCUGGCCGGACACAUCGACGCCCUGACGGCGAAGCUCAAGCCUAUCCCCAAGCUCCGCACCAAGGCCGGUUACGAGCAGCUGGGCGUGGCCCCAUACGCCGGCGCGCUGAACAGCACGUGGUGGGAUAGGGAUCUGGGCAUUGGUGGAAGGGUCCUGGUGAAGGAGGAGAGUGGCAAGGUUGUGAGCAAGCUGGUGAAGCUGGAUUGGCCAAUUGCCCGCAUUCCUACCCUUGCCCCGCACUUUGGCGCAGCAUCCCAGGGUCCCUUCAACAAGGAGACGCAGAUGGUCCCCAUCAUUGGCCUGGACAACAGCGACAUCCUUGGACAAGAGCAGAAGAACGAGGAUGGUACCGAGUUCAAGCCUGCCCUACUAGGAGGCCAAGGCACCUUCACAUCGACCCAGCCAGAGCGCCUGGUUAAGGUCAUCGCUAAGGAGCUCGGAAUUACCGACUACAGCAGCAUCGUCAACUGGGAGCUGGAGCUCUUCGACACGCAGCCUGCUCAGGUCGGCGGCAUCGACAAGGAGUUCAUCUUCGCGGGCCGCGUUGACGACAAGCUGUGCUCGUGGGCUGCCGUCCAAGCCCUGCUGAACAGCACCUCUGCCGAUACAUCGGCCACGGACCCCUCGUCCUCGUCCAUCGUCAAGGUCGUCGGCCUCUUCGACGACGAGGAGAUUGGCAGUCUCCUGCGCCAGGGUGCGCGGGGCAACUUCCUCCCCUCCGUCAUCAACCGCAUCGUCGACAGCUUCGCGGGCUUCCCGACGCCCUCGCUGCUCUCCCAGACCUUCGCCAACUCGUUCCUCGUCUCGUCGGACGUCAUCCACGCCGUCAAUCCCAACUUCCUCAACGCCUACCUCGAGAACCACUCGCCGCGCCUCAACGUCGGCCUUGUCGUCAGCGCCGACUCCAACGGCCACAUGACGACGGACGCCGUCAGCACCGCCAUCCUGCAGCGCAUCGCCGACAAGUCCGGCCAGCGCCUCCAGGUCUUCCAGAUCCGCAACGACUCGCGCAGCGGCGGCACCGUCGGGCCCAUGCUCAGCGCCGCCACCGGCAUUCGCGCCAUCGACGCCGGCAUCCCUCAGCUGAGCAUGCACAGCAUCCGCGCUACCACCGGCAGCCUGGACCCCGGUCUUGGUGUUGCGAUCUUCCAGGGCUUCUUGGAUCAUUAUGAGGCUGUUGACCAGGAGUUCAGGGAGACCGUCUAA